AUGUCUGUGAUAUAUAACAACAUCUGUGCCGUGGACACAGUCCUUGAUAGACUCAAGCAACAUGUCGAAGAUCUGCAUCUCAACGCCAGAGAUCUAGCUGAACAGAGCCAAAAUAGCGCCUAUUCGUCGCAAACCAACUCACUGGCUAGAACAAUCGAUUCUCUCUCAGUCACCUCAAAGUCUCAACCGGUACUGCAAGCCGAUCGGAUUGCAGCUCUGCUCUCGGCGAUUCCAUAUGACGCCCUUGAACCGGACGACCCCUCUAAUCCGCUCAGCGCACAUACGGCAGACCUACUGUGGCUCUUAGCGGCAAAGGCAGCAGUGCAGACUUCGGGGGCGGUGUUGAACGUUCUUCUAGAGCAAAUCAUCGAUUUCAAUGGCGAAAUAAGUUACUGGGAGGAUGUCCUUGGCUCCCGCUUCAAUGUCGCGUUCUAUACGCUCCAAACAUUGCCCGUGAGGGUUUGGCACAAAACCUUGAACGUUUUCACCGUCAGGUCUCAUGAAGACACCACAGGCUCUUCCGCCCCCAUCACAGUAACCUGGAUGGAAUUCUACAAUUCGGUUCGUGGGUGCUUUCGCCAACCCUGGCGGUUCUCACCAAAGACAAUGCUACUUUCGCCACUUCUCGCAUCUAGGCCAGGAAUACACCGAAAACGAGACUCUCUGAGGGAAAUGAAGGAUUUCAAUGCAGUCGGCAUUGGGAUUUUGAUGAAGGAAUGCAUAUCACAACAUACCACGCGCGAAUACGCUGACGACAGAUUUGGUGAUGGUCUCUGGCGUGAUGAGGUAUCUAGGAGUGUUGCAUUGAUAGUCUCUUUUCUUGAACAAACCCAAGAUAAGAACAACACACAACGACACAAGGAUUUAAUCUUGGCAAUUGAUGAAUCAAGCGCAUCUGGCCAAUUGCACCGCGGCGCUCGUCAUGCUUGCCAGUCACCCGCAGUUGUUAUCAAACGACUCAGGCACAUACAUGAGAACCUCCUUCCAAACCACACUAGACUUUCAGCGCGUACUAUUACUGAUUCGGGACGACCUCCUCGCAUCGUGCGCUACUGGUUGCCCAUAUCUAUUGCGGUUUUCUCGACGAGCACCGUCUUCAAAUUUCUAGCAAAUCGACACCAGAAGAUCAUCAGAUGGGCUGUAAAUAUUGGAUCAACUACCGUGCAAUUUUGGAACAACUGGGUCGUGAAUCCGAUUCAACGGCUAAUCAGAACCAUUAGGCACGACGAGAACAGCGAAAUCGCAUUGAUGAGCAGGAAUAGCCUAGAAGCUGACCGAGCGAGUCUUGAGAGAAUGGUUGUCGAUUUCACUCUCGAUCAGAGAGAAUCGCGAAUUGGAGAUCCUAGCAUAAACACAAAUGCAAUUACUGAAAAGGUCCGAGAAGGGGAUUUAACACCGGUCCUAAGGGCUUAUGAGAAAGACCUGCGAAAUCCUUUCAUUGGAACAAUCAAAGGUGAUCUUGUACGCGCUCUCCUGAUUCAGAUUCAGAAAACAAAAGUCGACGUCGAAAUCGCCAUUGGUGGUAUUGAUUCGCUCCUGAAAAGCCAGGAGCUUGUUUUUGGAUUCGUUGGAUUGACACCGGGAAUCAUGGUGUCAUAUGCAUGCCUACGAUGGAUCUGCGGGAUUUUCAGCCCUAGGCAGGGGUUGAAAGUCGGUAGGCAGGAUGAAUUCAGACAUGCAAUGAGGAAUGUUCACCGUACCGCAACAUCAUCCAUAACAGCAGUCGGCCUCUCAGCAUACAAAGACCAUGGUCUUCUGAUAUGUGACUCAGAAGUCUUGCUCCAAAAAGCCAAACUGAUCCUAAGAGGAGCAGAUCUUCGUGCAUUCCAAGAAGAUGUUGGUGACUUAGUCGACCAGAACAGGUCUGGCAAGCAACUCGAUGUGGUUGCGCGGAUGGGGUGGGUGUAUUCAAAAUGGCUUCAAUGA